GUAAUUUCUCCCUCUUAUGUCCUAACAGUCUUUUUCCAGAUACCUUGAGCAUCUUUACAUUUUUAAAGGAAAAUUUGCAGAGGAAACAGAAUAGUUUUCGUAUGUCAAUGGCAGUUAAAUUAUAGACCUAUAAACUUUAUGAGAUAACAACAUGGAAAUUGUCUUAUGUUUAGGUGGAGAUUUUAUGAACUUUUUAUGAGAAAUGCAACCUGAAUAUUUCGAUAGCAUGCACAGAGUUUGAUUUGGUUCAAGUCCAUUUUCUUUCAUUGUCAAGAAGGAUAGGCACAUCCAUGACGGUUCAACGGCAGAGAUUUUAACUGCUCCCUGUUUGAUGAAUCAGUCCUGGGAACAUAUUAACUAAUGAGACAUUGGACAUUAUAACUCUGGUACUAAAUUGCUUUGAACAGCCUCUUCCCUCUGGAGAUGUCCUAAAAGCCUCAUCAGUGUAUGAUGGGCUGCUCAUCACUGGAAGCCAUGGAGGACCUAAAGUCGGUGGCUGUAGGCCCUUUGAAGCGCAAAAUACGACAGAGGAGAAGAAUUAGUGAGAUUAUCAAGGCCAAGUUGCAGCGAAACCUCUCCUGCUCAGUACCUAAAGUGAAGAGUACUCUAACAGGCCUCUUCCCUGUAGUGCAAUGGCUUCCAAAGUACAAAGUAAAGGAAUAUAUUUGGGGCGAUGUGAUGUCUGGGCUCAUUAUUGGCAUCAUAUUAAUUCCUCAAGCCAUCGCUUACUGUCUUCUGGCUGGCUUGGAUCCUAUCUAUGGCUUAUACACAUCCUUUUUUUCAAACAUCAUAUAUUUUUUCAUGGGGACAUCAAGACAUGUGUCAGUGGGUAUAUUCAGCCUCAUGAGUCUGAUGGUUGGACAAGUUGUGGACCGAGAGGUCUAUCUAGCAGGCUUUGAUAUGAAUGAAGACACUAAGCAAAAUGCGUUUGACGUUGGGUUAAAUGGCACUGGAGACACCAACAGCACUGUAGUCAACUUGAAGAUCAUGGCGUUGAAUAUGGAAUGUGGAAAGGAAUGCUAUGCCAUUAGUAUUGCUGCAGCUUUAACGUUCCUUGCUGGUGUCUACCAGGUACUGAUGGCCGUGCUUAGGCUUGGGUUUGUCUCAGUUUAUCUCUCUGCCCCUAUGCUUGAUGGCUUUGCCACUGGUGCAUCAUGCACUAUUCUCACUGUCCAGGCUAAGUACUUGCUUGGCCUUAAGAUCCCUCGCCACCAAGGCUAUGGCACAGUUGUGGUCACUUGGAUCAACAUUUUCAAAAACAUUCACAAGACAAACUUUUGUGAUUUGAUAACAAGUGCCAUUUGCAUUACAGUACUGGUUGCAGGAAAGGAGCUACAGGAUCGGUACAAGGACCGUAUAAAGAUACCACUUCCCACAGAACUGGUAGUAGUGGGAGUUGCCACUAUAGUUUCCCACUUUGCUGAUCUAAAUGGACAGUAUAGCUCUAGUAUCUCAGGUGCCAUUCCAACUGGUUUCAUUCCCCCAAAGGUGCCCAGCAUUGAACUGAUGCCCAGGGUAGCAUUUGAUGCCAUUCCAUUAGCUGUCAUCAGUUUUGCAUUUACCGUUUCCCUGUCAGAGAUGUUUGCUAAAAAGAACGGUUACACAGUUAGGCCCAACCAAGAAAUGAUAGCAAUUGGGUUCUGCAAUAUAAUUCCAUCUUUUUUCCAUUCUUUCACUACAAGUGCUGCUCUUGCCAAAACAAUGGUUAAAGACUCAACAGGAUGCCAGACUCAGGUCUCCAGUGUAGUGAGUGCCUUAGUGGUUCUUUUAGUCCUCCUCUUUUUUGCACCAUUUUUCUAUGCACUGCAGAAGUGUGUCCUCGCCUGCAUUAUCAUUGUCAGUCUGAGGGGCGCCCUGCAUAAAUUUCAAGAUGUCCCUAAGCAGUGGCGUGAAAGCAAGAUUGAAGCAGUUGUCUGGAUGGUUACCAUGAGCUCAUCUGCUCUAAUUAGUGUGGAGAUUGGAUUGCUGAUUGGGGUGGUCUUUUCCAUGAUUUGUGUGGUGGUCCAGACUCAAAAUCCUAAGGUUGCACUACUGGGACAAAUUGAACAAACCAAUGACUAUGAGGACAUGGAAGAAUAUGAUGAUCUUUUGCCAGUUCCAAAAGUCAAGAUCUUCAGAUUUCAGGCCCCUCUCUUCUAUGCCAACAAAGACUUCUUUCUAAAAUCAUUAUACAAAGCAAUAGAUCUUGAGCCAUUCCUUGAAAUAACCCGCAGAAGAAAGCUGGAGAAAAAAGCAAGAGAAAAGGCUGCAAAGAAGACCAAUGGACUGGAGCAAACAAACGGAGAUGUUAGUAUAAACUUGAUUUCAAAAGAGUUUGAUUUUCAUACAAUCAUCUUGGACUGCUCCUCCAUCUCCUUAAUAGACACAACAGGAGUGAGCACCCUUAAAAUGGUAUUAAAAGACUAUAAGGAAGUUGGUGUGAGUGUAAUUCUAGCUUGUUGUAACACAACAGUUAUAGAUUCUUUAAGAAGAGGUUGUUUCUUUGGGGCUGGUGAGAAAGACAUGGAAAAAUUGUCAUUCCAUACCGUCCACAGUGCUGUUUGUUUUGCCACUGGUAUGGCACAACCAGUUAAUGACUCAUCUGUGUAAUGUGUCCACAAAAGGGCCUCCACAGCUAAAAAAUAAAUAAAAAAAUAUUUUCUAUUAAAACAGAUAAACCUAUGUAACUCUUGAAAUAUUAAACUCUGUGAAAAUGUCCUCAUGUUAAACGGAAAACUACUCCUUUUUGAGUGAAAACUUAAUUCUGAAUGUUCACCUAUAGUGCAGACUUUGCACAGUAAAAAGUUAAAAUGUUGUUACCUUAAGGAGCUAAAUGAGGUAUUCCUUAUGGAGCUAAAUUAGGUAUUUCUACAUAGCUGACUUGACCCUUAAAAUGACUUUUAUAGGUGUAAAUUAAUGCAGUCAAGUUGAUAGAAAAUAAUUUAAAUAAUAUUUUUGACUUGAAUGAAACAUGAAGCAUUUUUAAGGUAUUAUUUUACACUGUGGGUUUUUAUACAUACUGAAAAACAAAACUGCAUUUAUGCUUCAAAUUAAAUCUGUGUGUGUGUGUGUACAUAUUUAUACUACAUUGUGGGGACCAAAUGACCCCACAAGGAUAGUAAAAUCUGAGAUCACCUACCUUGUGGGGCCUUGCCAGCAGUCCCCAUGAGGGAAAUGGCUUAUUAAACAUACUAAAUGGCUUAUUAAGCACACUUUUUUGAAAAUGUAAAAAGGUUUCUGUGAGGUUUAGGGGUAGGGUUAGGGGACAGAUAUUAUCGUUAGGUCUGUAUAAAAUCCAUAAAAUGCAUAGAAGUCUAUGGAGGGUCCCCACAAUGAUAUAAAAACAAGGGGGGGGGUGUGUGUGUGUGUGUGUGUGUGUGUGUGUGUGUGUGUGUGUGUGUGUGUGUGUGUUGUGUGUCUGUUUUACUAGAUUAAAAAAUAUCUGUGUUUUCUGAACUGUUUUGAAUGACAAAUCAAGCCAAAUCUCUUUGGAGAAUGUACAUAAUGUGACAGAUCUCUGUAGUAUUAAGUGCGAUUUUCAUGAAUAACUUUCCGUUAAUUAAUGUCUUUUCUUUAAUGUGUCAUUUUAGUAGCACGCGAGGAGAUUUUGUUAUUGUAUUUUUAUUUUUUUUCACCUGUCAGUGAUAAUGGCAAUUACAAACAUGAAGGACCAUGAGAAGUCAAUACAGCUCUGUGAUUUUAUAGUUGCCUGUUAUACCUGUUAUACUGUAUUUUAAAUGUCAUGGUGUUUUAUGGUCAUCUUGGGGAAAUAAAAGAGACUGUGAGAGGUAAAAA